AUGAAUCGAGUAUCAAAGCUUAAGCUCUAUAAGAGAGAAGAUAUUCGAAAGUUGCUAUCUCUUCUUCGCGAGUUUGUGCUCGUAUACAAAGACAACCAAGUCUCCAUCAAUUAUCAGAGUCGACCGGUCAUCCUCUUUAUUGGUACGGUUGUGUCCACUUUUGGUAUCGGAACCUUUUUUGCUCUACGUUCCUUCAUUACCUGGAUUAGAGAUUUGAAAGAUAAGAGACUGGCUCGUCGCCCCCUUCUCAUCCGGCAAUCUUCGACUAUACUAAAAAAUGGUUCUCGAGAGAUUUACAUUCCGAAAGGAAAAAAUGGCACUUCACGGAUCAUUAUUCCAAAGCCAAAUAUGGAUAGAUAUGCUGCUGACAAGUAUCUAUACAAGAAUUUCCAUAUAGAUCAAAAGUUGAAACUGCAAAAUAACUUGUUCAACUCGCGCUUUUUGAACCAGCUAAUUAUCAUUUGGAGAAUCUUGAUACCUAAAUUCGCUUCAAAAAACACAUACUUGCUACUUUCGCAAUGUUUUUUCUUGGUUCUCCGCACUUGGCUUUCUUUGAUCAUUGCCAAACUCGAUGGCCAGAUUGUUAAGAAUAUUAUUAGUGCAAACGGCAGAAAAUUCGUUAGAGAUUUAAUUUAUUGGAUUCUCAUUGCGUUCCCAGCGUCAUAUACCAAUGCAGCCAUCAAAUACCUUACGAAUCGCCUUUCAUUGGGCUUUCGGACAAACUUAACCCGGUACAUCCAUGACAUGUACUUGGAUAAAGUAAUGGCAUAUUACAAAAUUCUGUUGAAUUCGAAUGAUAUUCAGAAUAUUGACCAAUACAUCACUAAUGAUGUGGCAAAAUUUUGUGACUCCAUUUGUGGUCUCUUCUCAAGUAUGGGUAAACCAUUAAUUGACUUGGUAUUCUUCUCAGUUUAUUUGAGAGAUAACUUGGGGACAGGUGCUAUUGUUGGCAUUUUUGCCAAUUAUUUCGCUACAGCUGUCCUCUUGAAAAAAUUCACCCCUUCUUUUGGCAAACUUUCAUCCCAAAGAACUCAGUUGGAAGGUCAGUACUAUAACGAACAUCUCAAUCUCAUAUCUAACUCCGAAGAAAUCGGAUUUUAUAAAGGCUCAAAAAUCGAGAAAGCAAAGUUGCGAGAGACUUUCAAUGAGCUUAUGGGUCAUGUUUCGAAGGAAAUCAAUAUUUCCUUCUCUUAUUCUAUUAUUGAAGAUUAUGUUUUGAAGUACACGUGGUCUGCUUGGGGAUACGUCUUUGCUUGUUUGCCAGUUUUUAUGGAAGAAUUCUUUUCUUCCGAGACACCCCACCAAGACGAAGGCGAGCUUAUUGAACCAAUACCUAAAGGUAAUAAACCUGUUGAUGAGCGCCAGAACAUGAGGCAGUUUAUCAUCAACAAAAGAUUGAUGUUGUCUUUAGCUGACGCUGGUUCGCGGCUCAUGUACUCUAUCAAAGAUGUUUCGGAACUUACAGGUUACACCAACCGAGUAUUUAUGUUGUUGACCAACUUACAUGUGAGCCACUCGCCGGUUUUUGCCUUUGGAUCUAAGUAUGGUGCUGCAGACCUUAAGGGAACAGUUCAACGAAACUACGGUAACGGAAUCCGCUUUGAAAGCAUUCCCGUCAUUAUACCUAGCACUGAAGGGUCUGAAGGUGUUCUAUUGAUCGACAAGUUGAAUUUCCAAGUUCAGGAACGUAAAAACCUUUUGAUUUUGGGGUCGAAUGGAUGUGGAAAAACUUCGAUUGCCCGCAUUAUGGCUGGGUUAUGGCCUAUUUAUCAUGGUUUGUUAUCAAAGCCUAGCGACGAGGAGAUAUUUUACUUGCCUCAGAAAACGUAUUUCACAAAUGGAAACUUGAGAGACCAAAUCAUAUAUCCUUUUUCGUACGACGAUAUGUUGAGCAUGGGGUACAAUGAUGAUCAUUUGUAUCACAUAUUGAGGGAAGUGAAAUUGGAGUAUCUUUUAACCAGAGAAGGAAACUUCAAUGUGAAGAAGGAUUGGAAGGAUGUAUUCAGCGGUGGGGAAAAGCAAAGAAUGAGUGUCGCUCGCGUACUCUUUGCUAACCCCAAAUAUGUGGUUUUGGAUGAAUUCACUAACGCAGUGAGUACUGAUAUUGAAGAUUAUCUUUUUGAACUUCUUCAGAGCAAAAAAAUCACAUUCAUUACGCUUUCACAUAGGCCCUUAUUGAUGAAAUACCAUGACUACGUGUUGGAGAUCAAAGGGGAUACGUCUGAAAAUCACGAAUGGCUUUUCCACGACUUGACAUCGGAGGAGAACUUGAAGUCGAUUGAUAACGAAAUCAGCGAUAUUCAGGCUAAUUUGGAUCGUGUGCAGGAAUGGGAAAAGCGAAAACAUGACAUCGAAUUAUAUUUGGAUGGCAAGUAUGAUGAAAUUCCCGAAAGCACGAAUAUGGUAAUGACUGCUUCGUUUGAGCUCUAA